AUGACUACUAUAAAUGAAAGCUCUGAUCGACCAUCGUCUUCAGCACAAGAAGUUGGUUGGAUUUUUGUGCGGGAGUAUUAUAAGCAUUUAAACGAGAAUCCCGAGUCUUUAUGCCUUUUUUAUAACAAGGAAUCAAAACUUAUUCGUGGCUUGGAAGGUGAAGAGGUCAAAAUUUGUCAGGGACAACAGGAAAUCAGAAAGAAUAUUGAUGAGAUGCAAUUAAAGGAUGCAUCAAUAAAAAUCAUCAAUGUUGACAGUCUAGAUUUUCUUGAAGGCAAAGUGGUUGUUCAAGUUACUGGAGAGAUUUCCAAUAAAGACGAAGCUUAUAAAAAAUUUGUCCGGACCGUUAUCCUUGCCAAACCAUCAACAACGGAUGAUAAUUAUCACGUUUAUAGUGAUAUAUUUCGUUAUUUGAAAAAUGAAAAUGUUGACUCCAUUAAACAACAAUCAAUACACCAAGAGUCAUCAUAUAUUGAAGAUGGAGUGUCAACAGUAAAUGAAGAAAAAUCAGCUAAUGGAGAAGAUGCAGUUUCAGUUUCAACUUUAUCAACCCUUGCUGAGGAAUCAGCUCAAGAUUCAGGUCGAGAUUCAAAAGUAAUUGAAGAAUCUCCUGAAAUUCCCCCUACAAAAGCUAAUGUUAAUGAAACUUCACCCUUAACCAAACCCUCAACGGAAGGUAUCAUAAAUAUAGAUGGAAAUGCGACCGAAAAUGAAAAGCCUAAUUCAUCGGAUGUUCAUUCUAAAGGUCAACCUGGUUCGAUUAGUGUACAAACCGAAAAGUUGGCAAAUACUUCAAAUGCUACCAAUCAAUCACCGACACAAUCACAGUCACCAUCAAAACCUUCUUCGUGGGCUAAUUUAGCUGCUAGUGAUUCUCAGAAAUGGGGUAAUACUCAGCUUGCAGAACCAAAAGGACGAGUUGUUACUUCGACAUUACCAAGAACACAAUCUCAACAACCUAAUCGUGACCAAAGAUCGUACAACAAUCACAACAGUCACAACAACACUAUUAACAGGGGUGAAUUUUCACUAUAUGUUAAAGGUGUUGUUGAAGGAAUGAAUAAAGACGUACUUGAUAAAGUAUUUACUGAAUUCGGAGUUGUGAAACAUUUGGAUGUCGUUAUUACAAAAUCAUGUGCAUUUGUGGAAUUUGACUCUCAAAGAUCCUACCAGCAAGCUCUCAAUAAAAAAGUUAUUAAUGUUCCAAAUUUUGGGAAUGUUACUGUUGAAGAAAGAAGACACCCAAGAGAAGAAGGACGUAAUCGUAAUUAUUACCCACGGAAUAAUUAUAAUUCGCCACAUAAUCCUCAUAACGGUAACGGUAUAAACUCACAACGUGGAAGUGGAAAUAGAGGUAUGGAUAGACGUAAUACAGGUCCUCGUCAUCCUUCCACCAAAUCCUAUUCAUAA